CUUCAGGCGUGAUCGCACGAUUCGUAUUGAAAUUGUAGUUCAGAAUUAUUCCGUCACUGCCUUCGCUUUAUUUUCUAGUUUAUGUUGUUUGUUGCUUGUGUUGUGUUGUUGAUGAGUGUUUUCAUUGAAAUUUCUUUAGAGGAGACGGAGGUUUCAACUGCUUGUUGAUUGAUUGAUUGAUAAGUCAAGUUGUUCUCUGCAACUUUGUCUGCUAUCUGUCAAAAGAAGUACUUUACUUUUCAAAAUCAAAAAAUGAAUUCAAAUCAGCCUCCAUCGUUGAAUCAGUAUUUCAACCAAGACACAGCCCCUGCUGUUUCUGGUGCCACAUUUUUUGACCAAAUAUCAUCUCCAACAUCUGGAACCCCAAUCGAUUCAGCCAUGAUGAAAAGUGUUCGAGAGACUGAUCCAGCUCAAGAUCUCUUCUCAUCGAAUGUGGUGAAACCAACGCAGCAGAACCCUGUCAACACAGUUUUCAGCAAUGCGUCACAAGCUGCUGCUACUCAUUUUCAUGAAAUUAGCUCAACAGGAAAAGGUGAACCAGCUGUGUGUAGGAUUUUUUCAGAACCUGAAUCUCCACCAUCCAACAUAUCUUCUGGAAAGAACUUUUUUGAUCUCAUAAGCUCUCCACCUUUGGGACCAACACCAGGAAUAGCAAUAGAUUUAAGUCUUCCUCCAAGUAGCUCAAGUAGUUUGCUAACUUCACCAGACUUUACAUCGACUGCAACCGAAGACGGUUUUAUAUCUACAAAUUCUUCAGUAGCUGCUACACCAACAGCCACUCAUGAUAUAUUAGCUUCGGAUGAUUCUUUCUCUAAAAGUGCUGGGUUCCGCCCUAAUGAGGCAGACAGGCGACGAGACGCAUGGAUUCCUUCGGAAAAAACUCGUCAAGCACUUAUUGCUAUGGCAACCUCAGCACCUGGAUCUUACAUUCCAGACAAAGAUAUGUUAACCAUGCCAGGUGUUUGUAUACAGGAAGAUAUGACUGAUUUAGUCACUGACAUGGUUCAACAAUACUUAGGGUCUGAAGAAGCCAGUAAAAGAAAGGUUUUGACAAUGCAAGAUGUCACCCAGGAUGAAAGAGGAUUACGGGAAUUAAUUCAGGCUGGUUGUUUUAGAGCAGCUGUCAAUUUGACAGGAAGACUUCUGACCAUUUAUGGACAAGGUGUUGGAAGGUCAGGGAAACCUAGUAAACAUACCUUACAUUCCAUUCAGCUUUGGUUUACACGCAUAGCACUUCUGGUGAAGCUAAAGCAGUUUUCUCUGGCAGAAACAGAGGCAGAAAGAUUCUGGGAUUUUGACCGCCCUGACCUCUAUUUCCCAUUUUACCCAGACUUGUAUGGGGGAAGGAUGGGCACUUUGAUUCCCUUUAAUUUUCGAUUGCUGCUAGCAGAACUUCCGUCACACACAGGGAAGCCAAGAGAAGCUUUAAAUAGACUCCAUUCUGUGUUAGCUACUGUUAGAAAGAUCUUGAAAAAUCUCGAGAGCGGACUCAGUGAGGAUGGAAGUCCUGCAGAGCUUAAUGCUGCAGAUUCUACUGAAUCCAAGCGCCUUUGGUCUAAUAGGGAAAUUAGGACUCUCCAUUCUAUUGUAAAUUGUUCUGUAUCCUGCAAGAACUAUAGCCUGGCUUUAGAAGUACUUGAACAGGUAUUGCAGAAAUCAAAUGAACUUCCCCCUCUUCACAGACGGGCUCUUCUCUCUGCUCUGGGACGGCUUCAUUUGCAGCUGGGUGAUGUAGUUGGGGCAGAACAGUACUUUUUAAGUGCUGGGAAUUUACAUAAACAAUCCACUGCAGCAAUAGAUGGGAAAAGUGCUCUCUCAAGUAAUACCCCAGAUCUUCGUGAAUUCAUUGACAGGGGUCUUUUAGCUGUUUCUCAAAAUGCUUUCCAUGAGGCAUUAGAAAGCUUUCAAAAAGCAGCUGACAUGGACCCUGCCAAUAUCAUGGUUUUAAAUAACAUGGCUGUAUGUCAUUUGUACCUGGGACGACUCAGAGAAGCACUAGCCAUCAUGGAAAAUGCUCUUACAAGCAACCCAACUCAGGGCUUACAUGAAGCCUUGCUUCUCAACAUGAGUACACUCAUUGAGUUUGAAUCAUCUCAUUGUAAUCAAAAGAAAUUAGGUUUAUUGAAAAUGUUGGCUAGAUACAAAGGUGAUGGUGUUUCUGUUGGUUGUUUAAAGCUCCAAUAACUUUAUUAUAUUUUAUUUAAAAAAAAAUAGCAAGUGAUUAUGGUUGUCCAGUCCAGUUUUCAGUCACUAAGUGAAUAUUAAAAUUUAGACCUAAGUUUUUAGAAAGUUUUUAGGUAAUGUUACUUCUGCUAUUGUUUCUUUCCAUUUUAAGUGUAUGCAAAUGUCUUAGAAAAUGUUUAUGUUGCAAUCCUUGUUGUGUUUUAAAAUUUUAAAAAAAUAAAUAGGGAAAAAACACUG